GCAAUAGCAUGUUGUUUCUGACACAGAAGUGUCUGUUUGAAUGCUGCGAAGAAUAGCCUUUCUUUCUCGUUUUCGUCGUCUUCAUCGAAUGGGUACCCUCUCUUAUUCCCUUUCCAUUCACUCCUCACGUUCCUCUUUCUCUCUUUCAAUGUACUGUUAUUGCUCCACAGUCACUGACACAAACAUUGAGAGGGAUAGCAACAGAAUCCACUUCUUAAUUUCCAUGAGAAACCUAUGCAAGUCGGGUAAACUAAAAAAUGUUGAUAAAGCUUUGGACUUUUUUCAUGGCAUGGCUAGAAUGAAGCCUUUGCCUUCUGUGAUGGACUUUACUUCGUUGUUGGGGGUUAUUGUGAGGAUGAAGCAUUACACCACUGCCAUAUCUUUAGUUAAAUAUAUGCAUUCUUCUCUGGGUAUAGAUGCUGAUACCAUUACUCUUAAUAUUGUGAUUAAUUGUCUUUGCCGUUUGAAGUUGAUUGCUUUUGGGUUCUCAGUUUUGGGGACAAUGUUCAAACUUGGUUUGGAGCCCUCUGUGAUAACUCUUACCACUCUCCUUAAUGGGCUUUGUGUGCACGGCGAUGUGGCUCAGGCAGUGGUUUUGGCUGGUCAUAUGGAAAAGAUGGGUUAUCCAUUAGAUGUUUACACUAAUGGGGUGUUGAUUAAUGGGUUGUGUAAGAUGGGAGACACUUCUGCUGCUGUUGGAUGGCUAAGGAAAAUGGAAGAGAGAAAUCGGACAGCUAAUGUGGUAGUUUAUAGUACAAUUAUGGAUAGUUUGUGCAAGGAUGGAUUGAUAUCCGAGGCGUUAAAUUUGUGCUUGGAAAUGAGUUGCAAAGGUAUUCAGCCUAAUCUUGUCACUUAUACUUGCUUGAUUCAAGGUCUUUGCAAUUUUGGAAGAUGGAAAGAAGCUGGUUCUCUGCUGGAUGAGAUGAUGAAAAAAGGAAUGAUGCCAGAUUUGCAAACGCUCAAUAUUUUAGUGGAUGCUUUCUGCAAAGAAGGAAAGUUGAUGCAGGCAAAAAGUGUAAUUGGAUUUAUGAUUCUGACGGGGGAUGGGCCAGAUAUUUUCACAUAUAAUUCGUUGAUUCAUUUGUAUUGUUUGCAAAAUCAAAUGAACGAGGCCAUGAGAGUAUUUAAUUUAAUGGUUGCCAGGAGCUGCUUACCAGACAUCGUAUUGUAUACUUCACUUAUUCACGGAUGGUGUAAGAUUAAAAACAUUAACAAGGCCAUGCAGCUCUUGGAUGAGAUGGCUAAGAUGGGAUUCAUUCCUGAUGUUGUCACUUGGACCACUCUCAUAGAUGGGUUUUGUCAAGCAGGUAGACCAUUAGCUGCCGAAGAACUGUUUUUUAAUAUGCACAAAUAUGGUCAAGUUCCCAAUCUCCAGACUUGUGCCGUUAUAUUGGAUGGCCUAUGUAAAGCCAAUCUUCUUUCUGAGGCAGUAUCAUUGGUUGAGGCAAUGGAGAAGAGUACUUUGGAUCUUAAUAUAGUGAUUUACAGUAUUUUGCUUGAUGGAAUGUGCAGUGCUGGAAAACUGAAUGCUGCCUGGGAACUGUUUUCUAGUUUGCCUGCUAAAGGUCUGCAACUUAAUGUUUAUGCUUAUACCAUUAUGAUUAAAGGUCUCUGUAAACAAGGACUGUUGAAUAAAGCUGAAGAUUUUCUGAUGAAUAUGGAAGAGAAUGGCUGCUUGCCAAAUAGCUGCACUUACAAUGUCUUUGUCCAGGGCUUGCUGACUAAAAAGGAGAUUGCAGGGUCAAUUAAAUACCUUAAAAUAAUGAUGGACAAAGGUUUUUCAGUAGAUGCUGCCACCACAGAAAUGAUUAUCAACUACUUAUCUACUAAUGAAGGAGACACUAGAAUUCGAGAAUUUAUGUUUCCUAAAAGAUAACACAUUUCAAGAGUUUCACUAGACAUUUAUUAAAAUCCAACCUCUCAAUUCAUCCAUCUAUAUAGGACAUGAAGUUGGGACUCUCAUAGGCUUCGGAACUUACCUUUUGUUAAAUAUACAAAACCAUUGACAUUCAACUGCCACCUGACAACUUACGGGAUCACAAGAGUGGUCCUUAACAUGGUAUCACAACCCAUAUAAAUAAGUAGUUAUGAGUUUGAUCCUAGACCACACUUUAAGCUCAAAAAGCUAUUGUUGAGUGGGACGGUUAAAUAUAAAUCAUUCUUUAGCAUCCACCAAACAUCUCAAGGUUUUAAAAGAGUUGCUCCUUGAUACGUUAGUGACUGAGUUUGUAAUAUUACACAAGACACACUAUACUAUCAGCCAAACGUUUUAUGGAGGAGAUGGCUAGAUGGGCUUCACAUCAAGCAAUGAUGCUCACAAGGUUGAUGACUAGAUUUUGAGAUAUAAGGGUUGUUUCUGCUGAAUGUUUAGUGGUAGGGUGAGGCUAUGAUCUUGUUCUCCUGUAAGCUGUCUGGCACCUAGUUCUUUUGUCUAUAGCCAAUACAUUCAAUGUGUUGGAGCACGUCUUAUUUAAGUGCAAGUAAUUUGUAUAGUGGGUUAUGGUUUAAUGCUUCACAUUCUUGCUUCAAUGUACAGCUAAACAUAGUUCACCCGUGCCACGGACCAGUAUGAGUCCUUGACAGUGGGCUGAGGCUGGCUUAGCAUUUGACUGAGAUUUCAACGCAAUAUCACUUAUUGC